UUGUGUGUGUGUGUGCCAGCCCGUAUGUGUGUGUUUGUCACUGUGUCAGAGAAGCCUAGAGACAACUUCCACAGAAACAAACAAGGACCAGAAGUUCUACAGACCUGUAAAUUCUGACGGACUACGCUACGCUACUAGAACUUUUCAAAUGUGAAACCUCAACAGGAUAAAGAAGAGGAAAUUCAAAAGAAGAGAAAAUAGCACGACAGAGUGACACAGGAUGAAAUGAUUGAUAAACAUCGGCAUCCCUGGAACCUGUUUUUGUUUGCGAAAAAGACCAUUUGCGAGUGGUGGUGGGGGCGAAGUGUGGAAGUCAUCAGUGCGGAACGUCUAAAUGGAGAUAAGGAGAGGAUGCGUUGAUAAGUAGGUGUGUAGCGCGAGUUUCGGUUAAAGCAGUCAUGAUGUGUAUGUAGACUCCAUCUCUACACACUUGACAUCUGACUGUCUGAGGAAGAUAUAGACUGCUAUCUAACAAGAACAACCUGCUUAAACAGAACGACCCACACUGUGCUGCAGGUGAGGAGAGGAGAGUAGGGGAGAGGACUUGAUGAUGGAGUCUGAGGGUCCGGUGAAGAGAUACUCCAUCUCGCGUCCCAUAUAUUCCACCACCAACUUUGAGGUGGACGGAGAGAGACAGGAGAGACAAGAAGGCAGCAGCCUGUGGAACAGACUACACGACUCCUGCAGAUGUUCCAGUAAGACUUCUGUGCGGACGUUGAAAAGAUGUCUGCCCAUCAUAGACUGGAUGUCCAGAUACCCAAUGAAAGAGUGGCUGAUGAGUGAUGUCAUCUCCGGUGUGAGCACUGGAUUGGUCUGCAGCUUGCAGGGUAUGGCAUAUGCUCUGUUGGUGUCAGUGGCUCCGGUGUACGGGCUCUACUCAGCCUUCUUCCCCAUCCUCACCUACUUUCUACUGGGCACAUCACGACACAUCUCUGUAGGUCCUUUCCCGGUGACGUGUCUGAUGGUGGGUUCUGUGGUGUUGAGCCUGGCCCCUGACCACCACUCCGCCCUGAUGGGUAACGCCUCCCACCCCAACCCCAACGCCACAGAGGAGGACCUGGAGACCCAGAGGAUCAUGAUAGCAGCCACCAUGACUGUAGUAGUCGGCCUGUUUCAGGUGGCCAUGGGCCUGCUGCAGGUGGGCUUCCUGGUGCGUUACCUGUCCGAUCCUCUAGUGGGCGGCUUCACCACGGCUGCUGCGCUCCACGUCUUCGUCUCGCAGAUCAAGAUCGUCCUCUCAGUGCCCACAGACAGCCACAACGGGCCCUUCUCCAUAUUUAAGACCCUCAUUGACGUCUUCUCCAACAUCGGUCAGACCAACAUUGCUGAUCUAGUGGCCGGCUUAUUAACCAUCGCCAUAGUGAUGGGCGUCAAAGAGGUCAACGCCAAGUUCCAGCACAAGAUCCCUGUGCCCAUACCUAUCGAAGUGCUCGUGACGGUGCUAGCGGCGGGCGUUUCUUAUGCGGUGGACCUGGACUCGCGUUACGGCGCCAGCAUUGUCCGCAGCAUCCCGCGGGGGUUUGUGCCCCCUCAGCUGCCCAAAACAGAACUCUUUCUGGAGGUGCUGGGCCCCAGUUUCUCCACAGCGGUAGUGGGGUACGCAGUGGCAGUGUCCGUGGCUAAAGUCUACGCUGCUAAACACGAUUACAGCAUCGAUGGAAAUCAGGAGUUGCUUGCAUUCGGCGUGAGCAACGUGCUGUGUGGAUUCUUCUCCAGCUUCGUGGCCAGCACCGCUCUGUCAAGGACCGCCGUACAGGAGAGCACAGGAGGCAAAAGCCAGGUGGCUGGCAUCUUGUCUGCUCUACUGGUUUUGGUUGUCAUUCUGGCCCUGGGUAAUCUCCUCGAACCCCUGCAAAAGUCGGUGUUGGCGGGCAUUGUGAUCGCUAACCUGAAAGGAAUGUUCCUACAGGUCACCGAAGUUCCGUCACUCUGGAGGCAAAACAGGACGGACUGUUAUAUCUGGAUCGCCACCUGCUUGGCCUGUGUUGUGCUGGGACUGGACGUAGGACUGCUGGCUGGCCUGGUCUUCGAGAUGGCCACUGUUGUCAUAAGAACACAGUUCCCUUCAUGUUCCUCGCUGGGCAACAUCCCCGGAUCUGACAUCUAUAGAAACAUGAGGGACUAUAAAAAUAUCAAUGAAGUUCCUGGAGUGAAGAUCUUCAAAUGUAACUCACCCAUUUAUUUUGCCAACAUUGACUACUUCAAGGAACGUCUGAGAGACACAGUUGGAUUUGAUGCAGUGAGAGUAUUUAAAAAGAGGAACAAGGCUCUGAAAAAAAUCCACAAACUCAUCAAAAAAGGAAAACUUCAGGCUUCACAGGGUGGUGGCGUAUCGGUGGUGUCCCUCGGCUUGGACAACGCAGGCUUCGAGAUCGGGGAGCGGGACCCCUCCACUGGUGCCCUGGAUCAGCAACAGGAAGUGUCCGUGCGUGUUGAUUGGUCGUCGGAGCUGCCAGUCAGCGUGUCCGUCCCCCAGGUUCUCAUCCACAGCCUGGUAUUGGACUUCUCCGCCGUCUCCUUUCUGGACGUGGUGGCUGUCAAGUCCCUACGGCUGGUCAUGAAGGAAUUCCUGCGAAUAGGUGUCAGUGUCUACAUUGCUGGCUGUGAUGAUGACCUUAUCAGGAAAAUGGAGAGUCUGGCGCUUUUUGAUGAUGUCGUCACAAGAGACCUGCUCUUCCUGUCGGUGCAUGAUGCCAUCCUUUUCAUCAAGAUAGAAGAGAGUAACAAAAGCACACCUAAUCCCAUCAUAGACAAGGACAGCAAAGAACCUUUACCUUUCACGGAAGAGGAGGACCUGAUUGAGACCUAUGAUAACCAGCCGAGGGCCAUUCACGAGCUCUCGAAUUGAGACGAGAUAAACAGACAGCCUGGAAGCUUCUACCACUUAAGCCACACCCGCUCUCGUCCGACUGGGGAGGAGACAAGUGGACGACACAGGACAACACACACAACCCAUUCCUUGGAGGCCUUUUCGUAUUCGUACGAAGGCCCCUUUCCUGUUCCAAAGAGUCUAUGUUGGGAUUUGCCUUCCUCUUACUGUAACAGGGCAUUCAGAGGUUGAAGACUCACCUUCAAAUGACCUUUUCGAAAUAUACUCUAUUUGUAACCAUAUUUACGUGAGAUGACGGACUUCUAAGCUAUAAGGGUUUGAAGGUGGUUCACCUUCUAAUGUCCUUUUCUCCAUACAGUGCACUGCAGUAUUAUUCGUAUCUACAUGGGAUUAAGGACUCCCAAUCUGUGACAGGGGCAUUCAGCGUGUGAGGAUCAUUCACAUUCAAAUGAUGUUUCAUGAUAUUUUGAUAUUAUAUUCAUGAAUAUAUGAGAUAAAGGACUCCUAAGCUUUGAGGGAGCAUUCGAAGUUAGAUGACAUCUCACCUUCAAAUGACCUUUUUGACACAUGUAUUUACGUAGUAAUAUUAAUAUUGAUAUUUAUGAGAUGAAAGAUUGUAAACAUUUCUUUGGAAUCGUGUUAUGAAAGCAGUUACAUAAAAGCACAACCACUUGACACACACAAACACACACACACACAUGCGCGCACACAGGCACGUACACACGCAAAUGCACAUGCACACGUACACACACACACACACACAUGUACGCACGCAUGCACGCGCACGCACACACACACACACACACACAC